AUGAAGCGAGCGAGCGGAAACGAGAGUCUGGAUUUUUUCCCCCUUUUUUUCUUCUUUUUUCCUUUUUUUCUUUAUUUUGCACGUACAGUAUACUUGUACGCGUGGUGCUUAUGGUGGCGGGAGGGAGGCGCUUUCGCGGGCAAAGCAUGGAAAAGGCCGGACAAGGAGGUGUGUUGA